AUGGCCCAGGUUUUCAUGCCCCGAAGCCUGCCAACCACCCUCAGCAACGUGCCAUCGUCCCGCCUGGCCUCUGGUCCAUCCAGCACUCCCUCUAAUGAGUCCACCCCACCCCUGGCCUCUGCUGCAUCCGGCACUCCUUCUAACGAGUCCACCACCCCGCCCCUGGCCUCUGCUGCCUCCAGCUUCACCCCCAACGUCUCCCCAGACUCCUCCCUGGAUAAUGACGACGUCCCUCCAUCCAUCCUCCACCCAUCCCUAGCCCUCUCCUCUCCUCCUCCACCCAGCCUUCCUGCCUCCACCCUCAGCCUUCCCACCUGCCUGCCGAGCCUGGCUCCCAUCCUUCCCUCCACCUCCACCUCCACCACCACCACCACCCCACCCAGGCUCCCCGCGUCUCUGCCCCCUGUGCCUGUACCUUGCAAAGCCCGCCGCACCUUCUCCAGACUGUCCCUCCUGGAGCCCCCAUCAUCUCUGCCCACAUCCCACCUCGAGGCCAUCCCAUCCCAGCUUCCCCCCCUGGACCUCUCGGCCCUCCUGAAGGCGCUGGGGGCCACUAGCAGCAGGGUCGCCCCUCUGCCCCCCAUCCAGGUCAGGGCAGCUGAGGAGAGGGAGGACAUGGAGAGCGGUAUGGAGUCAACUGAGGAAUCCGAUGAUGAAAUGGCCACAGUUGUGGUGUGGUCAUGUGACCAGGAAGUGGAGGAGGAGGACGGGCCAUGUGACCUGGAAGUGACAGAGGAGGAAUUACAGGAGAAGAAGAUCAAGAAGAAGAAGAACAGCUUUAAGAACAGGAUAGUGAAGUUCUUCAGAAGGCUGAAUUGCUUCCACUGCGGCGAAGACAGUACCAGAGAUGGGGACUUUUGACUUGUUACUUGGACUUGAAUCACACUUGACUGGACUUGAGACUUGACUUGGCAAUAUUACAAAUGUAGGAACCAUUUGGGACUUGAUUUCGGACUUGUAUGCUAUUGACUCAAGACUUGACUUGGACUUGACAAUUUUAGCUUAAAGAUCAACUUUCACCAUCAUUUCAUCAAUAUUGCUUCGUUCACCAUUAUUAUUGAAUGCAUUGAAUGCAUUCAUUUUCUCUUUUUUCAUGUAACAUUUUCACUAACAAAUGUAGAAAAUGGAAUAUAUCUAGAUUUGACAUGUCAUUGCAAGUCAUUUUUAAGAUCAACUUCCACUAAAAUCCUUUUGAAAUACGGAGGGUCACCCCUACUUACAUACACAUGCUACUGUACAUGUCCAAGUGAUGCGUCACCUCCAUACACUGUGUUUCCCAAUUGACACAAUGCAGAGCCAGGAGCCAAUCAGGAAGAGCCUGGACAUUUUUUUGUCAUUUUACGUCACACUGAAAAAAGGGCGUUGCCCACAUGGGUUUAUGUCGGCCCAUUUUUCUGGAAACAUGUUGAGUAAGUUUUUCUCGCUUGAAUUCAAAACAAGUGAAGGCUGGAGGGUGGCACGAAAGCUUGUUUAGCCUAUAGCUAUCAGCUGGUUGGUCCUCUCAGAUAGGGCCUACACACAGAAAAGGAGGAGGGAGACAAUCAGAGGCGCAUCAUUUUUGUCAUUGUCACAGAUAUACAGUACAUGAGAAAGACCAGAAAACCCU